UGUUUGCGGACGUUCCGCAUAUACCCCAAGACGUGUGUUAUCUAUAAUGAUGUAAAUAUGUUGGCACGGCUAAUUUAGGAUCGCCGAAGAAGGCGAUUUCUGUUAUUUUGGGCUUCGUUUCUCUCUUGAGGAGGAGAGGAAAGAGGGGACUACGGAAGAAAGAGACAAAGCAAGGAAAGAAUCCUCGGCCAUGGCGAUCCCGAGAGCGUCCUCUUCUCCGCUCCUCCAUGUCGUCCUCAUCUUGUUGUCCUUACUCUGCUUCGACUCGUCCUAUUGCGGGGUUUUGGCCGCCGGUGAUGCUUCCCAGGGUGCGGAAUCCGCCUCCGCAUCCCCCAGCUGCAACCUGACGUCACAAGAUGUUAAAGUAAAUAAUUGGUUGAAUGGUGAUGAAAGACCAAGCUUAGAUGGAUUAAGUGCCAGAUUUGGUGCCUUAUUGCCGACCAGUGUCUCAAAAGCAUUAAAACUCCCUGCUGUUCUUGCAAAUCCAUUUAACUCCUGCAACAAUUUAUCUUUAAAGUUGUCAGAUUCCAUUGUUGUUGUCAAGCGUGGGGAUUGUACCUAUGCCACCAAGGCAAGAAUUGCAGAGUCUAGUGGUGCUGCAGGUUUGUUAGUGAUAAAUGAUGAUGAAGAUCUUACUGAAAUGGUGUGCAGCAAAAAUGAAACUCUACUAAAUAUUACUAUUCCUGUUGUUAUGAUACCAAAGUCAGCAGGGGAAAAUAUUACGGCAUCCUUGUCUAGUGGAGGCAAGGUGGAUGUCCUACUAUAUGCACCUACUCGGCCCAUUAUAGACAUCUCAGUGGUCUUUUUGGCAUUAAUGUCUGUUGGAUCCAUUAUCAGUGCCUCGCUUUGGGAUGACUUCAGUGCACAUGAUCAGGUUGAUGAGCACUAUAAUCAAUUGAGACGGAAGGAUCAACCUAGUGCCGAGAUGAAUGAAGAAGAUUCUGAGAAGGAAACCGUUGAAAUCAAAGCAGUGGGAGCUAUAUCUUUUGUUAUAGUAGCAUCAGCCUUCCUGGUGCUGCUCUUCUUCUUUAUGUCUUAUUCGUUUGUCUUGCUGCUGAUCGUGUUAUUCUGCAUCGCUGGUUCACAGGGAUUGCAUGCCUGUCUGUUAUCAAUUAUUCUAAGAGUUUUCAAAGGCUGUAGGCAGAUGAGGAUAAACAUUCCCAUUUUUGGGGAGGUUACAAUUCUUUCUAUCGUCCUUCUACCAUUUUGCUUUGCUUUUGCCAUUUCAUGGGCUAUAAAUCGACAUUCACCACACUCGUGGAUUGGCCAAGAUAUUCUUGGUAUAUCUUUAAUGAUAACAGUGUUGCGAGUGCUCCAAUUACCAAAUAUAAAGGUGGCUUCACUUCUUCUUUGCUGUGCAUUUUUCUAUGACAUAUUCUGGGUUUUCAUCUCACCCCUCAUAUUUCAUGAAAGCGUAAUGAUUGCAGUUGCUACUGGCAACAAGGCAGGUGGAGAGUCCAUUCCUAUGCUUCUGAGAAUGCCUAGAUUUUUUGAUCCUUGGGGAGGCUAUCAAAUGAUUGGUUUUGGAGACAUUAUUUUGCCUGGCUUGCUUAUUGCUUUCAGUCACAGGUUUGAUAAAUCAACUAAAAAAGGAAUCUUAAAUGGCUAUUUUGUUUGGCUAAUAAUUGGCUAUGCUUUUGGUUUGUCUCUCACAUAUCUUGUCUUUUUCCUGAUGAAUGGACAUGGACAACCUGCUCUGCUCUACUUGGUUCCAUGUACCUUAGGUCUUACUGUUGUAUUGGGUGGAAUUAGAGGAGAACUUAGCAACCUGUGGAAUUAUGGAGAAAAACAAUCCGAAGUUAGUCCUGCUGGACAAGUUUAACAAUUGUUUCAAUGAACUCUCAUUCAAGAUGAUGAUAAAGCUUUGGCAAACUUGCAUCAUAUUCUCAUGGAAAAUCAUAGGCACGGCAAUGCCUGAUUUAACCUGUCAGGUGCGGUUUGAGAUGAGAACCACCAACAGCUACUCUACUUGCCAGGAAUAUGUAGCACCGAUAUGGAAUAUGAGGUAACAAUGUCGACAAGCUCGUCUAUUCUUGAUAUUUACUCUAAUGAAAUAUAACAUGUUUUGCUCCUGAGAAGUAAUGUAAUCCCCCCACAUUCUCUUUUGACAUCUUCUGUAUUCUACAACAUCAUCUCUACUUUUUCUUUAGUGUAAUGUUGUAAAGUUAAUUCAUCAAUAUUUUGCCGGAAAAUCUGUCAUUUUGUUCUGCCGCUUCCAUGAGCACUGAUAACUGCAUUCUGUAUUUUCUCGCUGAUCUGCGUGAACUUUUUACCUAUAUUUGGCUCAAGG